AAGCAACUAGGUACUUAUAUAAACAAUAACAGGCCCUGUCUCUUUCUUCUAUCUUCGUUUGUUUUACUGACUGCAUUGAACGAUGUACAAGAAAAUGAUUUCGACUCCGUUACCGGGCACUCCAUCAAUGCUUCCGAACAAUCUUACAGUUCAUAAAAUCAAUAAAAUUUCUCUUGGUGUUGUUCAUUCAUCUGUAGUUUGUUUGAAUAUAGUUGGAGCAAAUGGCUCUCCUCCUCAGCAAAAACAGAUUGCAUGCAAAGGAGAGAAUUAUGUAAAAAAAUUAACAAUAAUGCAGGCUAAGUGGUGUAGUGUAUCUGAUAGGGCUCUUUUGGUGGCUGCAACAAUUCAAGGACUUCAGAUAUUUGAAGAGGAUGGUUCCGAAAUGAUAUUUGAGCAUUUAAUCAAACGAUCCCAGGAGAAGAAUUCAACUUUGCCCUUCACAAGAGGAAUAUGCGAUGCUUUGAAUCAAUUUAUUUGUAUUGGAACAAGCACAGGAUCAAUUUUGGUGUUUGAUAUUCCACGUCAAGGAAAUGAAAUAAAACUUCAUGAUACGCUAACAUCCCAUAGAGUAGGAAUAACAGAUCUAUACAGCAUAAUGGACAAAAUGACAUCAUGUGACGAAGAUGGAAAUAUUACGAUAUGGCAAUGUGAUGUGAAAACCACAAAAUUAAAUGAAAUCCGUGGUUCUGGAGUACCAUGUAUGAGUGUUGUUAUGUCAAAUACUUUUAUCAUCGCUGGAUUUAGUUCUGGUCAUAUUCGUAUGUAUGAUUUAAAGCAUGCAGUCUUGAAAAUAGAAAUUUGUGCCCAUGCAAGAUGCAUAAAUUCACUAGAUAUAGCCUUACAUGGUGGAAUGUUGUUGUCAGUAAGUGAAGAUACAUUUGUUAGAGUUUGGCAUUUACCAAAAGCUUCUUCAAAUAAGAUUGAUUUGGCAUUUGAAACUUCAGUAACCGACAGUCAGUUAUGUGGUGGGCGUUUUUUUGAUAAUUCGGGUGAAAUGUUUGGAGUUAGUGCUUAUGACCUUCGUGAAAUUGUAGUCUUUAAAAGACAUUAAAUAAUCCACCAUCCACAUAAUAAUACUUUUCAAGUAAUCUUUUGUUCACAUCAAGAAAAAGAAAUUAAUGAGAGUUGCAUUGCUGUAAAACUACAUAUUGUGAUAUACGUAAUCUGGAUGUAUAUAAUUAAUAUAUGUUAUUUUGUAUUACCUGAGCAAUGUGAAGUUAAGAAUCAGCUAAGUUAUAAUAAACUGGUUUUUAAUAUCAGAGCAAA